UGGAUAUUACAAAAAAGGCGAGGGCACUUAGGGAGUUUUCUGGCCAUUGAAGUUUCUGACUUUUCCCGUAUCUUGUGGUAAGGAAACAACCUAGAUAACUUUUGGGUGUCUGUUACACAUACUGCCCCUGUUACCAAUCCGCCCAGCUUCCCAUUUCUGUAUUUGGCCGAGUGGUGUUGAUAUUUAGUAGUAUAUGGAAAGGAUACUACCCAAUGAGAAAAAGUGUGAAACAUAAGAGGUUGAAGUGCAUUCUUCGUAGAAUGAAAUCUCAGAAUGGGGAAGGGAGACUUAGGAGAUAGUGAAUUAAUUACUGGAGUGCAGUCAGUUUUAACGAAAACCUAAUUGCACAUCUUCCGUUUAAACUUUUUUGUUUUUUGUUUUUUUGAGAGAGAGGGAGUGAGCAGGUAAGGGGCAGAGAGAGGGAGGGAGAGAGAAGAUCAAGCAGGCUCCACACCAUCAGGACAGAGACUGAUUUGGGUUUGAACCCAGGAACCACGGGGUCAUGACCUGGGUGGAAACCAAGAGUUGGGCCUUUAACCACCCUGUCGAACCUUUGACCCACCCAGGUGCCCUGCGCACCUUCCUUUUUUAAGGAGUGAAAACAAUGUGUGUUGAAACCUAUAUACUGUUUUUAAAGUUUUAGAAAUGAUGUAUAGCAUUUCCAUCACAGUGUUCGUUCGCAUUUGUGGACGUAUUUCUUAUGAAUUGGAUUCUCAAUUAUGAAGUUUUAAUAAGUAAUGUCAUCUCCCAAUACAGAAGACAUUCAUUUAAGCAUAAAUUUUCUUGUCCGGAAGUAGUACUUCUGAAUUAAAAUGUAAGUUUUUGGAUAUUCAUGCAGUGUUUCUUGACCGAAUGUUUUUACACUGAUAUAUUUACGAAUUUUAAAAGGAAUUUCAAGUUUAGCUUUUGGGAGCUUUAAAAAUUUGUGUUGAUUUUGUAUUCUUUGAGUGUUUUCCAAUAUUUAAGAUAUUUUCAAGCUUCCUGUGAGCAAGUUCAUGUGAGAAUGUCAGUUGGAUAUUAGUGUUCUAGGUUUGUGGGAAAAUUUCAAUUCCUAGUUAAAUACCAAUAAAAAAUUUUUUUUUUAAAAUAGAGUGUGAUUUACAUAUACUCAGAUCACUUGUUGGAACAUUCACAUCAUAUAUUUAGAAAUAAAUAUGCACUUUUUAAAAAAAGAUUUUUAAGCUUUAUUUUUGGGAGAGAGAGAGAGAAACAGUGUGAGCGGGGAAGAAACAGAGAGAGACACAGAAUCCAAAACAGGCUCCAGGCUCUGAGCUGUCAGCACAGAGCCCGAAGUGGGGCCCAAACCCACAAACCACGAGAUCAUGACCUGAGCCAAAGUUGGACGCUUAACCGACUGAGCCACCCAGGUGCCCCAAUAAAUACACACUUUUUAAAGUAAUGGCUUUGAGAUGUGAUUUACAUACCAAAUAAUUUACCCACUUAAAACGUACAAUUCACUGGUUUUAGUACAUUUAGAGUUUUGCAUUUAUUGCCACAGACUCCGUUUUAGAACAUUUUCAUCAACCCAACAAGAAAACCGUGGACUGUUAGCAGUUACUGUCCUUUUUUUCCCACCACCUCCCCAACUCCCCUAGACAACCACUAGUGUACUUUCUAUUGAUUUGCCUUUUCCAUUUUAUACAAAUGGAAUCAUUUCACGCUUAACAUUACAUUUCAUUUUCUUUUCUGCAAUACUUGUUGCUCAUUUUGACAGGUGAUUUAGAAGUAUUUUCAUUAGCCUUACCUAAAAUGCUUUCUAUUUAAACUGUAGGAUACAGGAAUGAAUUAAUGAGUUUCUUAGUAAUUCUUUGUGAAGAAUCUAUGUGUUAAUUUUUACUUGAUAUUUUUUCUAUCAUAAAAGAAUAAACACUUUUUUUAGAUUUAUUUAUUUUGAGAGAGAGGGAGAGAGAGUGUGAGAAAGUGAGCAGGGAAGGGGCAGAGAGAGAAUCCCAAGCAGGCCCCCCAGUGUCAGUGUGGAACUGGAGAGGGUGUGUGUGUGUGGGAGGGGAGGUGGGGUGGGGGUGGACCCAGCUUGAAAUCAGGAGUUGGAUGCUUAACCAACUGAGCCACCCAGCUCCCCAAAUAAGUACCCUUUGUAAUGCUUAUACUUAUUUAAAUAAAAUAACAAAACGCUGGUCCUUUAACAUUUUUAUUAAAAUGUCAUACAGGUUUUAUUAGGUGGUGGUAAUAUAUAUGUGGUAAAUAAAAAUAUAAAAUGUUUUAAUUCUUUACAAAGAAGGUGUUUUGUGUGAAGUCUGAGAGGUAAUUAUUUUAAGAGGGAUUUGAAAGGGUAUUUAAUUUUCUGUAAUUCUUUAAAUUUUAAUAUAUUUUAAAAUAUUUUAUUUCCCAAUAGCUUGCUAUGGCAUUGUUCAAGUACCCACUGGACCAUGGUUUUGCAGGAAAUGUGAAUCUCAGGAGAGAGCAGCCAGAGUGACUCUCUACUUCAUGAGGCUGGAACCAUGACUGCUGGCAGCUCUUGGCUCUCAUCUUCCCAGCCCCUUCUACCAGAAGAAGGGGCUCUCUUGAAGAAUCCUGGGAAGGACUCUGAUUGGCCUGUCUUGGAUCAUGUACCCACCAUCCCUGUGGCUGGAGUGGGGAGGGUACUAUGAAUGGCAACCCUCACUAGAACUACAUAGUUGGAGUCAGGGAGAUGUGAACUGUGUCCUCAUAAGGAUGGAGCUUUAAAAAGAACAGAUAAUGGGGUUUAAUCUUUGAUACAUUUGGAAUGUAUCCAGGUAAUACAAUGUGAGGUUGGGCUCAUGUGGUUUGUGCCCUGUAUAUUCCAGAGGUACAGUUUGCCAAUGUUUCUACAAUGGAACCAAUUGUUUUACAGUCUGUUCCACAUGAUCGUUACAAUAAGACUUGCUACAUUUGUGAUGAACAAGGACGAGAAAGCAAAGCAGCUACCGGUGCUUGCAUGACAUGUAAUAAACACGGAUGUCGGCAGGCUUUCCACGUGACGUGUGCUCAGUUUGCUGGACUACUUUGUGAAGAAGAAGGUAAUGGUGCAGAUAAUGUCCAAUACUGUGGCUACUGUAAAUACCAUUUUAGCAAGCUGAAAAAGAGCAAACGGGGAUCUAAUAGGUCAUAUGAUCAAAGUUUAAGUGAUUCUUCCUCUCACUCUCAGGAUAAACAUCAUGAGAAAGAGAAAAAAAAAUAUAAAGAAAAGGACAAACACAAACAAAAACACAAGAAGCAACCAGAGCCAUCACCUGCAUUGGUUCCUUCUUUGACUGUUACCACAGAAAAAACUUAUACAAGCACUAGCAGCAACUCUAUAUCUGGAUCAUUGAAGCGUUUGGAAGAUACUGCAGCUCGAUUUACAAAUGCAAACUUCCAGGAAGUCUCUGCGCACACAACUAGUGGAAAAGAUGUUUCAGAGGCUAGAGGGUCAGAGGGAAAAGGGAAGAAAUCUUCAGCUCACAGCUCAGGUCAAAGGGGAAGAAAGCCUGGUGGCCGAAAUCCAGGAACGACUGUGUCAGCAGCUAGUCCUUUCCAGCAAGGCAGUUUUUCAGGAACUCCAGGCAGUGUAAAAUCAUCUUCGGGAAGUUCAGUACAGUCUCCCCAGGAUUUCUUGAGCUUUACAGACUCAGAUCUGCGUAAUGACAGUUAUACUCACUCCCAACAGUCAUCAUCAACCAAAGAUGUACAUAAAGGAGAGUCUGGAAGCCAGGAAGGGGGGGUAAAUAGUUUUAGUUCCAUAAUGGGUCUCCCUUCGACCUCAGCUGUUAUUUCACAGCCUAAAAGCUUUGAAAAUUCACCUGGAGAUUUGGGUAAUUCCAGCCUUCCUACAGCAGGAUAUAAACGGGCUCAAACUUCUGGCAUAGAAGAAGAAACUGUAAAGGAAAAGAAAAGAAAAGGAAGUAAACAAAGUAAGCAUGGGCCUGGUAGACCUAAAGGAAACAAAAAUCAAGAGAAUGUUUCUCAUCUCUCAGUUUCUUCUGCUUCACCAACAUCAUCGGUAGCAUCAGCUGCAGGAAGUGUAACCAGCUCUAGUCUUCAGAAAUCUCCUACCUUGCUCAGGAAUGGAAGUUUACAAAGUCUUAGUGUUGGCUCGUCUCCAGUUGGUUCAGAAAUUUCCAUGCAGUAUCGGCAUGAUGGAGCUUGUCCAACAGCUACUUUCUCAGAGUUGCUGAAUGCAAUACACAAUGACAGAGAUGACAGUUCUACACUAACAAAGCAGGAACUUAAAUUCAUAGGUAUUUAUAACAGCAAUGAUGUAGCAGUAUCCUUUCCAAAUGUAGUAUCUGGCUCAGGAUCUAGUACUCCUGUCUCCAGUUCUCAUUUACCUCAGCAAUCUUCUGGGCAUUUGCAACAAGUGGGAGCUCUCUCCCCAUCAGCAGCAUCAUCUGCAGCCCCAGCUGUUGCUACAACUCAGGCAAAUACCCUAUCUGGAUCUUCUCUUAGUCAGGCACCAUCUCAUAUGUAUGGCAAUAGAUUAAAUCCAAAUUCAUCAAUGGCAGCUCUUAUAGUUCAGUCUGAAAACAGUCAAACAGAUCAAGAUCUCGGAGACAAUGGCCGCAGCCUUGCUGGCAGAGGAAGCUCACCCCGAGGAAGUCUCUCACCGCGAUCUCCUGUAAGCAGCUUACAGAUUCGCUAUGAUCAACCAGUCAACAGCAGUUUGGAAAAUCUGCCUCCAGUAGCAGCCAGCAUAGAACAGCUUUUGGAGAGGCAGUGGAGUGAAGGACAGCAGUUUUUAUUAGAACAGGGUACUCCUAGUGACAUUUUAGGAAUGCUGAAGUCAUUACAUCAACUUCAAGUUGAAAAUCGAAGAUUAGAAGAACAGAUUAAAAACUUGACAGCCAAAAAAGAACGUCUUCAGUUACUGAAUGCACAGCUCUCAGUGCCUUUUCCAACAAUAACGACAAAUCCUAGCCCAUCUCAUCAAAUGCAUGCAUUUUCAGCACAGAAUGCUCCUACUACUGAUUCCUUGAACAGCAGUAAGAGCCCUCAUCUGGGAAACAGCUUUUUACCUGAUAAUUCUCUUCCUGUGUUAAAUCAGGACUUGACCUCCAGUGGACAGAGCACCAGCAGCUCUUCUGCUCUUUCUACCCCACCUCCCGCUGGGCAGAGUCCAGCGCAGCCGGGCUCAGGCGUUAGUGGAGUUCAGCAGGUCAAUGGUGUGACAGUGGGGGCACUGGCUGGUGGAAUGCAGACUGUAACAUCCACCAUUCCUACAGUGCCUGGAGUGGGUGGAAUAAUUGGAGCUUUGCCAGGUAACCAACUGGCAAUUAAUGGCAUUGUAGGAGCUUUAAAUGGGGUUAUUCAGACCCCUGUCACAAUAUCACAGAACCCUACCCCCCUCACCCACACCACUGUACCACCUAAUGCAACACAUCCAAUGCCAGCCACACUGACUAACAGUGCCUCAGGACUAGGAUUACUUUCUGACCAGCAAAGACAGAUAUAUCUUCACCAACAGCAGUUUCAGCAGUUGUUAAAUUCUCAGCAGCUCACGCCAGAACAACAUCAGGCCCUUCUGUAUCAGUUGAUGCAACAGCACCACCACCAGCAGCACCACCAGCCUGAGCUACAGCAGCUCCAGAUGCCUGGGCCCACGCAAAUACCGAUCAACAACCUGCUCGCGGGCACCCAGGCGCCGCCGCUUCACCCCGCGACCACCAACCCCUUCCUCACCAUCCACGGCGACGGUGCAAGUCAGAAAGUAACGAGACUUAGUGAUAAAACUGGGCCUGUCACUCAAGAGAAAAGUUGACACUUGAGAAACCUCUAGAAAUUGCCUCUCCUGCUGCUCUAGCACUUGAUCUGGCUGCCAUUGCAGCCCUCCUACACCUAUGAAGAAAUGCGACAAGAAAUGAACUGCACAGCAAAGGAUUAAUUGCCACAAGGACAUUCUUGUAAGGCUUUGAUUAAUUUUCUUGUUGCUUUGUUGCACUGAAAUGGAAUUUCCAUGCCCCCCAUCCCUCAACCCAGAUUUUUUUGAACUUUGAGAAAAAAAUUUAAUAACUAACUUUUGUCAAUGAAAUAAUUUACAUGCAAUGAAUUUAUCAACCUAAGAGAAAUUUAAUAUAGUUGGUGCACAACUCAUUUUGUUAUAAAUUGGAGAGAUGAACAGCAAAACUAAAGACGUGUUCCAUUAUAAACUUUGAUUUUGUUGUACAAGUUGGAAUAUGAAAUACAGUCUUUUGUUUGGGUUACAGUAUGCUUGCUCUGUGAGUCCGAUCUUAAGACAGAUUUUGAGGAACUGUCCCAAUUUCUUCUAUUGGAGUUUUAUUGGUUAAAUAUUGCAAAUUAAUAGGUCAUCAACUGGGACUUGGCGAUCUUUGUUCUAAAAAUUUUCUUUAUGAUGGGAUUUGGCCAAUUUUGGUAAUCAAGUUAGGAUGGUAAUGUCUGCUUCUGCUAAAGGUAAUUUUCUUUUGCUAAACACUUUUUUUUUUUAAGUGCUAAGACCUACUCGUGUUUUAAAGUUAACUACUCAUAUUUUGAGUUAAGUGAGUUCUAAGGCUGCUGGGGGAACCAGAUCAAUUCAAAGUGAAAGAUUUCUUUCAGAAAGAGGGGCCACUCUGGAAACUGCUGGCAGGGUUUGGCCUGAAUCAAGUGCCUGUUCGUACCUCCGUUGUGUUGAAACGGCUCUGGACAGCCGAGCCUGCAGCGUCGUCAGUCCUGUGAGUAGUGGGAGCAGUCGGUGCCGCACAGCAGCCUUCCCCGUGCUUCUGCCUUGAUUGAAAACUUUCUAUGCCACUGUAGAUAGCUCAGGCAAAACUGUUACCUGGGUGUUUAUCCACUAAUGAGUCACAAGAAAAAUGAGUGGAUUUGGUAAGAUUUUUAGUUUAUUUUUUUUACUUCGUUUUUUUUUUUUUUUUUUUUUUUUUUUUUUUUUUUUUUUUUUUUUUUUGUUAAUUUAAACAACUUCCCGUUUACUGACAGUGAUUUCAAACAGACCGAACAACUGCAGUUCCUGAAACAGGUGAAAUCUGUAUUUACAGUCCUUACACUUGGGGUAGCCACGCCCCUGGGGUGACGGUAUGGCAGAGUAGAAAUUAAACAAUUGGGGAUGUAAUCACUGAACUGUUCUCAAAUGUGUGAAUUAUUAGUGGAAAAGACCCAGCUGUAAUUAGACCUCCACUGUGUACUUAGCUGGAAGAACAUGUUAAUUCUGCAAUAUGUCUCUUGGUUAAACAUUGCACAGUUCUUACCUCAUUUCUGUAAAUAAGGUUUUGUGAAUCUGUUUUGUAUUGUGAAAAAUUCAUAACAUUGAUAUUUUGAUUUGUAAUAUUUCUAAUUGGUAGAUUUAAUUGAAAAGUAAAAUUAAUUUAUUUUUAUAUGUUCAGGGGAAUUUUAAAGAAAGUCAAAUCUUUUGUAGAUAAUUAAAAAAAUCGGUGUGGUUUAUUUUACUUAUUUAACCCACUGGUUGUUAUUCUGUAACAAUUUGUAUAAAUGGUAAAUUUUGAAUGUGUUGUUAUUUUACCUAGAUGUAAAAUUCCACAUGUAUUAAAGAAAAUGUACAAAGUUUUUGUUAAUAAAAUUUGAUAAUGUUUAUAA